UGACUGCAAAGGAGGAAAUAAAGCGAAUGAAUACAGCGCUUUGCGUAAACGUUUAUCGUAGUACCUUUUAAGCACACUGUAAAGUAAGCUUACAAUGGAGGCAACACUAGAACAGCACUUGGACGACACUAUGAAGAAUCCUGCCAUCGUUGGUGUUCUCUGCACGGAUUCACAAGGUCACAAUUUAGGCUGUCGAGGUUCUCUAUCUGAUGAGCAUGGGGGAGUGGUGUCUGUCCUGGCCAGACAAGCAGCCUCGCUGACCAGAGACCCCACGGAUGCUCCUACUGUGUGCCUGGAGUCUGACUCGGGCAACAUCCUGAUCAGAACGCAUGGAACCAUCACAGUAGCUGUGCACAAGAUGGCCUCCUGAUGCAGCCACGCAGAGAGGAAGAGUUUGCUGUGUGUCUUUGAUUAGAAUAUACAUUGACCAAGGAGCCAGAUGACAUAUCAGACAUUCAUGUAUAAAGGUCAUAAGAUGAUGAUUUGUGCUGUUUUAUACCCAUAUGAAACCUUUUUAAAGUCACAUCUUUGAGCAGUAGAGAUGUAUCAGUUUUUUUCCUGCUCUUGUUCUAAAGGCCUUGUGGUCAUGGUGGGAUUGGCCUGAAAGAGACUGUCCAGCCACAGGCUGGUGAUUUUCAGAUCAUGUAUUUAAAAAUGUCCCUUUCUUCUUUUCUGUAGACUUUGCUUGUGCCAGCCAAGAGAACCCGUAGUAGGGCUGUCACUCUUUUUCCUGUCAAUACUCAUGGUGUGUGAAUGUGAAUGCUGUAAAAACAGUCUUUGGUCACAGAAUGAAUGAAUGCUUUUGCAGAAUCUUUCUUUCACAGAGCUUAAUAACAUCAUUUGCUUUUGUGUGGUGUGACUUUUAUUAAAGACUACCAAGAAGGUUAGUGUUUAGACUGAGUGUUUAUCUGACUUCAUGCAUAAUAAUCUGUAUGCAAACAGUUAUGGUUCAUCCACGGUAAGCCCAAUUAUAAAAUGGUAAAUGGAAAAUACAGGUGUUUCUAGAUGUGGAGCACAUACAUUGGAGGAAACCAUGCAUUAUAUACACGAUAAAAGUAAACCUUGGUAUCAGGAGCAUGUUAAGUGCUUUUCCGAUGUGGUUAUUUAAAAUGGUUUCAUGAAGAUGUGGGAAAAGAUCAGGGCUGUUAGAGACAUAGACUUAAAACUAUGUGAGGUGUAUUAAAAUCAUGAGAUGAAAUUCAGAUUUUUUUUCCUCUGUACAAACAGGUUUUGUAAAACUGUGGUGAUGACUAAAGAGCUGUCAGCCAUCUGAGUAGCGAUUUUCCCAGCAGUCUUAGAGAGGUUUUUGUAUGUUUUAGUAUGUUUAUCUUUUUCAAAAUAUACAUUUACAAGAAAAAAAUUCUAGGAUAUCAUGGAUUAUUAUAGAAAAAUUUCCCCCUCCCUACAUCUGAUGAGUAUAAAGGUUUUGCAGCUGGCUCUCUUGGCUAAUUUUCCUACCGUACAGACUGGUAUCAUCGUGUUCUCUUAAGCUUCAUUGGAUUACUGCCAAAUGUAAUAAAAUG